ACACAGCAGCUCCGGUUGCUACAGGUGAUUUGGUUUGUAGGAAUCGCUGCGUCGAGUAGUAGGAUAAGGUCAUCUUCUUACAUUUUAGUUGGAUGGAAAAACAAUCUUAUGAUAUUGAUUCAAUUUCGGCACUUUUAUACAUAGAGGACUUGGUUAUCGGUAAAGUAUGCCACUAUUCUAAUUAUAUUAGACCGCAAAGAAGACAGACGGUGAAUAACUGUCACUUGUCCUUGCGUACUCCCAGCAUCAAUAAGAACACUUGGUUGCAGGGCAACUUUUUGAGGGAGCAAAUAUUUGUACCAUUUUGACUUUUCCUCUGGGACAUGUCUCCUUCACAUUCAAUACUACUGGUGGGAGAGGGGAAUUUCUCCUUCUCAGCGUCUCUCUGUAAGUUGCGUUCGGAAUCGGGGAGCUGUGUGACGGCCACUUGUCUGCAGCCGCAGGAGGAGGCACUGCGGCACGGAGGUGCAGCCGGGAACAUCCAGGCGAUCAGGGACUCGGGAGGAACUGUGCUUUUCGAGGUGGACUGUACAAAGCUGGGGGAAUGUGCCUCCCUGCAGGGUCGUCUGUUUGACCGGGUGGUGUUCAACUUUCCACACUGCGGGAGAAAAAGUGGGGUGAAAAAGAAUAGAGAACUUCUCAAAAACUUCUUUCUUAGUUGUGUUCAGGUGCUGGCUGAAGAUGGUGAGGUUCACGUGUCUCUUUGCAAUGGACAGGGCGGGACACCAGCCGACCAGCCCAGGCGAGAGUGGCACAACAGCUGGCAGGUGGCCUCCAUGGCUUCUGAAGCACAUCUAAUCCUCAGUGCUGUCCGUCCUUUUGAAAGUGAGAAAUGCCAGAGUUACAAGUGCACUGGAUACAGGAGUCAGGAUAAGGGCUUUCACGUGGAGAAAGCUUUGCUUCACGUGUUCACUCGCAGCCUCCCCUACAAUUCUGUUCAGGUAGUUCAGGUGGAGGAGGUUCUUGAGGGAGAGAAGGUCCUUUACAACAUACCGGCUGCUCUCAGUGAUCACGUUUUCAGGAGAUUUCUCAGCUCGGACUCUGCCCACCCCGCCAAGUUGGUGCAGGAUUUUCUUCUUGAGGGACUGGAGGAAAAAUGGACUGUCUCCAUGGCGACAGAGUCUGUCGCCUUCCUCAUGGCAGCCACGCAGCAGACGACGAACAGUUUCAGCACUGACAGCUCACAGUGCUACUUGAUCCACCUGCUUCAAAGAGAUCACACCUCUGACGCUGAGGAAAAAGAUCUGGGAGGCCUGGACACACCAGAUGCUCAACCAGCUGGAAGAGCUACUUCAGAUAAAGUGGACAGGACAAGUAGCAAAGGAGAUGAGAGCUCACAGUGCGCAUGCUUCUUUGAUGUUGAUACUGAACCUUUAAGCUUUGAUAUAAGCUUCUGGACAGGGCCAGCGUGGGAUGAGAAGAAGUUCUACACAGCGGUCCGAGAGGCCAGCCACGGGACAGUGGAGCACGUUAAGCUCAUCGAUACUUUCUCACAUCCUGACCUAAGCCAGACCAGUUACUGCUACAGACUCGUAUAUCGCUCGCACACACAUGCUCUGUCACACAGUCAAGCUCUCAAGUUUCACAAAGAGCUGGAGGUGCAACUCUCCUCUCGGUUGCAGGUCAUCAUCAGGGAAGCAUUAGUAAACAUGGCCGCCAAGGCGCUACGGCAGCGUACCAGGCGAGGUAGCAGACAAGAUGCAAAUAACGUCAACAUUCCCAACGAAGCCCGGCCACCUAAAGAGGAAAAAGUCAGCGAUGACAACAAAGCCACAGAAGCUCGGCAAGAGUCAAUUAGUCGUGGAGGGCAGGUAUGGGCUCCAGAAGGUUCAACGGCAUUUAAAUGUCUGCUCUCUGCACGUUUCUGCGCGGCUUUACUCAGCAACAUCUCAGACUGCGAUGAGACGUUCAACUACUGGGAACCAAUGCACUACCUGCUGUACGGUACCGGCAUGCAAACAUGGGAAUAUUCUCCACUGUAUGCCAUUAGGUCGUACGCUUACUUAUGGUUACAUGCCCUUCCAGCAUGUUUGCAUGCACAUGUUCUACAAACAAACAAGGUGUUGGUGUUCUAUUUUGUGCGAUGUGUCUUAGCAUUCUGCUGCUGUGUUUGUGAACUUUAUUUCUACAAAGCAGUUUGUAAGAAGUUUGGUCUGCACGUGGGUCGUCUGAUGCUGGCAUUUCUCGUCCUAAGUACUGGAAUGUUCUGCUCAUCUGCAGCAUUCCUGCCCUCCUCUUUCUGUAUGUACACAACACUGGUAGCCAUGACAGGUUGGUUUCAGGACUCCACGCCAUUGGCUGUGAUGGGCGUUGCUGCCGGUGGCAUCGUCGGAUGGCCAUUCUCUGCUUUGAUUGGUUUUCCCAUUGCAUUCGACCUACUGGUGAUAAAGAGGGAGUGGAAGAGUUUCCUGAUUUGGGUAGCUGUCGCCGUGCUUCUUCUACUGGUACCCCUGGUGGCUGUAGACACUUUCUUUUAUGGCAAACUAGUCAUAGCUCCACUGAAUAUUCUUCUAUACAAUGUCUUUACACCACAUGGACCUGAUCUGUAUGGUACAGAGCCAUGGCAUUUCUACUUCAUAAAUGGUGUCCUGAACUUCAAUGUGGUGUUUGUCCUGGCGUUGUUUUCCCUGCCACUCACAGCUCUCAUGGAGACUCUCUUGCACAGAUUCAAUGUGCAGAACCUGGGCCGUCCAUACUGGCUGACUCUGUCUCCCAUGUAUCUGUGGAUGCUGGUUUUCUUCACUAGACCUCACAAAGAAGAGCGUUUCCUCUUUCCUAUCUACCCUCUCAUCUGCCUCAGUGGGGCAGUGGCGCUCUCUUCUUUACAGAAAUGCUACCACUUUCUUUUCCAGCGAUACAGACUGGAGCACUACACGGUCUCCUCCAACUGGUUGGCUCUAAGUGCAGUUGUUGUCUUUACAGUGGUGUCACUGUCUCGCUCUGUUGCCCUCUUCAGAGGCUACCAUGCUCCUCUGGACCUGUACCCAGAGUUCCACCGCAUCGCCAAGGAUCCAACUCUGCACUCAGUACCUGAAGGCAGACCGGUCAGUGUGUGUGUUGGCAAAGAGUGGUACCGCUUUCCGAGCAGCUUCCUUCUGCCACAAAACUGGCAGCUGCACUUCAUUCAGUCUGAGUUUAAGGGGCAGCUGCCUCAGCCGUACCCUUCUGGUCCUCUGGCCACACAGAUCAUCCCAGCUAAUAUGAAUGACCAGAAUCUGGAGGAGCCAUCCAGAUAUAUGGAUGUCAAACAAUGCCACUACCUAGUGGACCUAGACACAGAAGAGGAGACAUCACUUGAACCACGUUACUUGGCCAACAAAGAGGAAUGGAGCGUUAUUGCUUAUAAACCUUUCCUUCAAGCGUCAAGGUCAUCGCCUCUCUUCAGAGCGUUCUACAUCCCAUUGAUAUCAGACCACCACACCAGCUACAGGCGCUAUGUUAUCUUGAAACCACGGCGACAAAAGCAACCUCGCAAGAGGACCCACGGCUGA